AACAACAAAAACUCAACAACCAGUUAUGUGAAUGUUCCUUAAAUCCUCAAUUUUGUUCGCUAAAUUUAUUAAAAUAAAAUAUUUAGCUUAUUUAGAGGAGCAAAUAAUAAAUCUUCUAGCCCAUGGGAUGUGGUACCUCUGCAGCAGUUAGUGGAAUUGAUCGGCACUUUAGAGGAGCGUUCUUAGUAGAGGAGCGUUCUUCUAAAUCUGACAGACUAACAGAAACGACAACAAGUGUUUCUGUUAAAUUACCACAUGAGUGCAUGUGCAGUUCUAUUGUUCAACCGCCAGAUGACAAGAUAAACAGUAAUGAGGAUCCCCAAAACAACGAGCGCAGUUCUAGUGUUCAACCACCAGAUGACAAGAUAAACAGUAAUGAGGAUCCCCAAAACAACGAGCGCAGUUCUAGUGUUCAAACACCAGAUGACAAGAUAAACAGUAAUGAGGAUCCCCAAAACAACGAGCGCAGUUCUAGUGUUCAAACACCAGAUGACAAGAUAAACAGUAAUGAGGAUCCCCAAAACAACGAGCGCAGUUCUAGUGUUCAAACGCCAGAUGACAAGAUAAACAGUAAUGAGGUCGAGGAUCCCCAAAACAUCAGUAUAUGCGGUGUGUACCACAUAAAGAGAGAGGAGGUAACACAUAUCUUGCUGUUACUACAAGAUGGUAGGAUCGUUAUUGAUGGGAACUACGCACAAUCUGUAAUCUACAGACAGGGGAGGACAGAUUUGAGUUUCAAUAUGCAAAGUAAUGAGAAUUUUCCCGGAAGUUUGGAGUCUGGAAAUGUCAGCUUUACAGACUCUAAUACACUGAACGCCACUUUGAACUUUAACAAUAAUGAGUCCUCACAAAGUGUAUCAGGAGUUAAAGAUGAAGCUGGAGAAGUGAAUAUCCCCGAUACUGGCGAGGGAAAACAAAGUGUUGUUAUUGACGAGUCCACAUUCAAGAAAGUGAAGGAGUUGGAUAGAAAACUAGAAAGUUACCAAACUACAGACCUGUAUUCCUCAAUAAGUGAGCAAACUAGGAUAGCUGAGCAGCUGGAAGAGAAGAUUAUAAAACAACUAUGGGAACUAGAGGAACACAUACUUAGACUUGAUAAAGAGAAACAAGACUAUGGAGCUGGCAGUGAACAGUGUAGAGAACUGGAGAUCCAACUUGAGAGUAAAUGUGUAGCGCUAUCAGCAGAUCAGAAACACUACGAUGUAGCCUUACAAUACAUCAGAACGAGAACAGCUGACCUGUUCGACUACAAUAUGCUCACUGAACAGUUCGAUGACUUGUUAAAUGCAAUGUUCCGGGGAGAGAGUGGUAAUGAUAUUGAGAAUCAGCUGGAGGAUAUGUUAGAUGAAGCUGAGGAAUCAGAAAGACAACACGUGACCUCCCUUCAUAUCGAGGAAAGGAUCUGGGAAAUAUCAAGGGUAUAAAUGAGAAACUGUUGCUAGCGCUGAACAAGUGGAGCUCUUUAGAAAGUAAGGGAUACACGAGCGAACAACGUGAAUCCCUGGGAAAACAAGCUAGAGGUCUUAUCGUUCAGACUAUUGAUGAGUUGGUAGCACUAGAAACUAUCUUGAAGCAGUACGAGGACUAUCAAUCUGAAGAUCAGUGCAUUGUGAAACUCAUCCAGUUCAUCAACAUCUCUAAAGAAGAGAGCGUCCUACAAAAUGUACUAAAUAUUACGACAGAUGACCCUAACCAGAUGUUUGAAGGAAGUGAGGGGGUGGGUGACGGCGUUGAUACCAUCAUGUUCUGUCAGACUUGUACAAGACGUAUUGAACAGUGGGUCUAUGAAAAGUUCAGGAUCAAGGAAGGUCAGGAGAAGUUGACAGCGUUACAAAAAGUAGUUUAUGAAGCGAAAAUGAAGUUAAAACAGGAGAGAAGGGGUCUUAUAGAGUCCUGGUUCACAGAGCACGUUGGUGAGUUUGAGAGGGAGAACACAGUCAUAUCUGUACAAAGUAAUAAUCAGUCAAAUGGAAAUCCUGUGCAGACAAAUGAUGUGGACCAGUCAUCUGAGCCAGAAAAAACGACAUCGGAAGUGGGUAUGGUGGAGUCAUAUACUCAGAUUGCAGCCAGGGUACAAGCCUGGGAGAAGAAAUCAGAUUUAGACGUCAUACGGGCAGAACUAGAAUUACAGGAUAAAAUGAGAGCCCGACGGAGAAGACAACGACACCAGCGUGCUCAGAAGUUGAUUGAAGUUCAGACACCUACCACACAAAAUACGGUAUAAGCCAAGAUGUUUCAAUGUGAUGAAGUAUCCGGACUUUGUUAUUUAGAAGUUACUGAACUUGAUCAACUUAAUCUAUAAAAUAUUUUGGUCGUUAUGACAUAUCUAAUUUAUUUAGUUGUUCUUGCAAUAGUGUUACCACUCCAGUCCUUCCCUACAUUUCUGGGAUGUUAGAUUAAACACUGCUGAGUAUAAGUUUUAUCUUAAAAGUAGUGUUAUUAAACUUCAGUUUAUUAUUAUUGAUACUACUUAAAUUAUAUUGUAUUUAUAGUUACAGCCUGUAUCUGUUGGUAGCUGACAUUUUUUUUUCUGACUUCAGAUAUUAAGUUCAUUCUAUCUGGCCUUAAUUAUUGAAUCAGCCGUCAGGGUUAUGUUAUGCUUUUUAAUAAUCUGUUCGCUUUUGUUCUAUGAUUUUUACAUUUCUAGGAUGAUUACAAAUUCGAGAGUUAGAAUUAAGCUCUUUUAUCAUGCGACUAUUUCUAUUUUGUAAAUAUCCAUGAACUUUUUGUAUCUAACAUAA